UCGUUACGAAGGCCCAACAACUUCGUAACCCUAAACCCAUUUACUUCGAACUCAGGGCAACAGAUAUAAAUAUUAAUCUCCACGCCGUUUCUUCUUCUUCAGCCACAUAGCUCCUUCUCUGCAGCAUUAGGGUUUUUCAUCUGCUUCAAUGGGGAAGGGAACAGGGAGUUUCGGUAAGAGAAGGAACAAGACUCACACUCUCUGUGUGAGGUGCGGCCGCCGUAGCUUCCACCUCCAGAAGAGUCGCUGCGCUGCCUGCGCUUUCCCCGCUGCGCGCAAGAGAAAAUAUAACUGGAGCGUCAAGGCAAUCCGCAGAAAGACCACCGGAACUGGGAGGAUGAGGUACUUGCGUAACGUGCCUCGCCGAUUCAAGAGUGGCUUCAGAGAAGGUACUGAAGCUGCACCAAGGAAGAAGGGAGCAGCUGCCACUGCUUAAACCUUUGAAUGAUUGUUGUUUGCUGGGUACGGAAUUACAGGAUUAGAUUAUUUUUGUGGUUUUGGCAAUUAUCUUUGAACACUUAUUAUAGCAGCCUCAUUGCUACUUUUUCUCUCAUUUAAUUUGUAGUUGCUUUAUAUUUCAACAAGAUCAUUACAAGACUUAUUGAUUGUUCAGUUGUUCUGUAUGACACUUAUAGUUUAUGGUUUAAGCUGUUUUCGAUUGGUGAAUAUUGAA